AUGCUCCUCUUGUAUGCCAUGCGGCACGCGGAGUGCUCCAUUUGCCUCCAGACACUCAUCUUUAGUGCGGAUGGCUCGCCGUCGCCAUCGUGUGGCGGGUCACCGGCGAAGCAGUUGCCGAGUCCCCCGCGUGUCUCACCGGCGCCACGGCCGGCGGAGGCGCGCGCGGGCGAGGGAGGGUUUCAGAUCACCUUCGCGCCCGGCGUGUCCCAGACCGACCCCGCCGACGAGGUGUUGACUUUUAUUACCGCGCUCGACGCGUACCAGCGCACGGCGAAGAAAGGCGGCGGCAGCGGCAGUAGUGACGCGGACCGCGGGUUUUUGUCUUGCGGGGCCGAGCAGGGGAUUGUAGUCCUGCCGUGUGGACACCUGCUGCACUUUAUCUGUGCGAUUCAGCUGCACGAGUACAGCAAGAGCCCCGCGUGUCCCAUUUGCCGUCAGGCGUUGAAAGGCCCGGAGGACUACGUCUUGUUUCUCCCGCGCCCGCGUCCAACGCUUGUGGAGCGGGGCACGGCCGCGGAUGUUGAGGCCAACACGUGUGGGAGCAAUAGGAGCGAGGAGGGUGGGGCGGACGACGUGCUGUUUGCCGGCGAGCGCUGCGUGGCCCCGGCGGAGGCGUACCGGUGCCACCUUCAGCGGGAGGCGGAGGAGCUGGGGCGGCGGCGCCGCAACCUGCGCAGCCGCGAGCACUUCCUCACGAGCAGCCGGGACCAGUUAGAGGAGCAGUGCAUCUCGCUAGAGCAGUCCGCAAGUGACGCCCGACGCCGGUACGACGUGCUGACGCGGCAGGGGGCGGUGGGGCUGGACCGCCUCAGGGAGCUUCGCGACGUGGCGCUCAAGACACACACCUCGAUGGAGCAGCUCACGUCGGAGCUUGCCGGCCUGCUGCGGCAGCAACGCAACCUCGAUCAGCAACUGGAAAAGUGCAGUCAGAAGCUGCAACGCAUGCGACUGAGCCGGCGGAGGGACUCCACAGGCGGCGAAGACGGGGUUACGACGCGAGACCAACAUGCGCCGUCGCCCAUGCAGAAGAGACGACUGACGGCUCCCGUGACCGGGUCGCCGCUUUCGUACUACGUCUCUCACGACUGA